AUGGUUGAGCCAAGCUAUGAAACUUCCGAUGAAGAUGAGGGAAAUAUUCAUGACAGCAGUACCGCAUUCCCUACUAAUAGCACAACUAUACAUGGCAAUCCACCACGUCCAUAUAAACAAGUAUGUGGCAGACAGUUGGUUCCAUUUCAUCGGAUAGUUGGUGGAUCAAACGCAACCUUUGGCCGGUGGCCAUGGCAAAUCUCUAUACAUAGGCGGAAGGAUAACUCAGCCUACACUCAUCAUUGUGGCGCUUCCCUAUUGAACGAAAACUGGGCCAUCACGGCGGCACAUUGCGUUCAUGAAAUUCCAAAGUUUGAAUUUCAAUUGCGAAUGGGAGAACUUGAUAUUACUAGUCGCCGAGGUCCCAGGAGAUUGGUGGAGACUGUAAUCACGCAUCCGAAUUUCGAUCGACUAACGCUGGAAUAUGAUUUAGCUCUGUUAAGAUUUAGCGCACCAGUAGUGUUCCAACCAAACGUUAGUCCAAUUUGUUUGCCUGACAGCAAUGAAACAUUCAUCGGUUGGACAGCCUUCGUUACUGGAUGGGGUGCACUAAGCGAAGCUGGUGGUCCUUUGGCGACCACUCUUCAGGAAGUUUCGCUGCCAGUGAUGGACAAUAAAAUCUGUGAAAUGAUGUACAAAAGCUCAGGAUACGAUCAAAGUAUUCCGAACAUUUUCAUUUGUGCAGGUCUGUCUAACGGUGGCCGUGAUGCAUGCCAAGGGGAUUCCGGCGGUCCAAUGGUCAUACAACGGCGUGACAAGCGGUUUCUGUUGGCUGGAAUUGCUUCAUGGGGUGGUGUCUGUGGUGCACCAAACGAACCAGGAGUUUACACGAGAGUUUCGGAGUUUCUCCAUUGGAUUGAAGAGAUCAUCAAUACCUAA